AUGUCUGCCACCAGCAAUGAGUGGCUGGUCAUGAUCCAAGACCGUCCUGACGUUCUCAAGACGCGCUAUGCCAGUUCGCCCAGCCACAUCGCCAACUACAAGCCCAUCCGUGAGCAAGGCCAAUUAAUCUUCGCCGGUCCGAUGCUCGGCGCGCAUCCCCAGAAAGCAGGCGAUCCUCUGAACAUUGUGGGAAGCGUUUUGGUCCUCAGCCUGGACAGUCUAGAAGACGUUUGGAGGCUGUUGCGUGAGGAUCCCUUCAACAAAGCCGGAGUUUGGGAUCUAGAAAAGACCACCGUCACGCCGUUCAAGUCGACGGUCAGGACUCCUUUUUGGUCCAACUUCAGAGACCUGCUGUCACUUGCCUCGAAGAACGAGUAG